UCGCUAUUAUUACAUUAGCUUCAAAAUCAACAUCUCUUCUCGAUAAUGUAUGUGGAUUAAGGUUAUACCUUUUAAAAAACUAACCCAUUAGUAUUGUCAAUCGAUAGCAGCAGUUCAGCUCUGGGCUGCAUCUAUUGAUAGAGAUAUUCUACCAUUAUCAACAAUUAGGAUUACAUCAAUUAUCACUGUAUGUACAAAACUAGUAAAAUCAGGCGAUUAAUCAUCGCUAACACAAACCUUGGUUAUAUGUUUAUCAUUUAGUAUGAAAAUAGCAACCAAUAUAUGUACAAAUCCACGUACAACAUUUGAUAAGACUUUAGAUACUACUGCAACACUUUAA